AUGGCUCCUCGCUUGGUUCUGUUGGAAUGGUUGUUUCUACUUCUGCUAGUACUAGUAGUUGUGACACCCACCACUACUCGAGCCGAGAUUAUCGAGUUGACGGCGGAUGAGUUUUAUGAACUGUCGGAUCAGGUGGAUUUGAUUCUCGAUGUUCGCACUUCCGCCGAAUGGCUCGUGGGACACAUUGACAAUGCCACCUUUGUGGAAUCUCUCUUUGAUCAACUGCUCGAUUCCACUACUGCUGAUGUUGCGAAUGCUGCUCCUGAUAACGGCAUGGCGACUCUACAACGUUUGGGCUUGUGGAACUGUCGAUCGUCGUGUCGGAUCAUUGUCUACUGUCGCUCAGGACGACGGGCCGGUGGAGUCCUGCGACAGUUGGAACAAGCCGGAUUUACCGGACAACUCUACAAUGGAAUGGGCAUUCUCCAAUGGACGGCCGCCGGAUACGAAUUGGUCACGGGACCCUCCAACAAGGAUCGAGACUGCAUGACGACUUCGACGACUACGACUACGACUACCAUUGAUUCGGCCGUCUCGCGACAAGGCAGUGGUGUUGUUUGUGGUGUUCAUACUACUAAUGCUGAUGCUGAUAAUGCCGAUAAUGCUGAUGGAGGAGCGGUUGAGCAUCAACGAGAACUCGACUUUUUCAAGGACAUGUUCGUGUUGCAAAUGGAACGAUACAAUGCUACGGGAUAUUCCUUCCUCUUGACCGUUCCAUGCUUUUGUCCUCCAGCAGGAUAUCCAUGGUUGGUCACGGCCGCUUGGCAGGAUACCAACAACAACGACAACAACAAUAAUAUGACAACUACUACUAUCAGUAAUGACGUUGUCCUCUCGGCCAUUACCAGCAGUGGAACGGAUGUGUUGCAACGCGAAAAUCUGUCUUUGCAGCAGCGGGUCCAUUCCAUUCUGGAUCUAUUUGAUAAAAUACAACAAGCCAUUGACCAAGAAGCCGCUUCCAUUAAUGUGGUAUACAACCAACAGUGGGGAUACCCAGAAGAUAUCUUUAUUGAUCGCAGUCAACAAAUUGCCGAUGAAGAAUUCUAUGCCACGGCAGCCAAUUUGACUCUUCUCUAUGAUACAGAUGCAGAUGCAGAUACAGAUACAGAUACCAAUGACAACAACCCUACUAUUACUAUUGGAAACUCUUCUUCUUCUUCAAUGCAAGGAGGAGAUGCCUUGGAUAUGGAAACACAACUCACCCUCGUCUUUGGAAGUGACUACUUUGAAAAUCCAAAUUCCAUACAAUCGCAAGCACUGGAUUGGCUUCAAACACAAGAUACUUUCUUCUCGGAAGAAGAGGAGCCAGACAAUGAUAGUGUCCUCCAACGAUUCGUCAUGGUGUACUUGUACAUGUCCACAUCCCAGCAAGGUCCAUGGAUCUCUUGCAACCCUCCCGAGGGAAACCAAAAUGACUUUUGCUAUUACCAAUUUCUCGUCGAUGCCAACACGGACCCCUUUCGGUACACAGAGGUAUACUGGACCCGGUGGUUGACUGGGGCACAUGAAUGUGAUUGGGCUGGUGUCGUUUGUGAUGACGACGAUCAAGUCACUGAAAUCUUUCUAGAUGCCUACGACUUGACCGGAUCCUUUCCUGCCAGAGAGUUGGCCCAACUGCACAAUCUAAAUCACAUCUCCAUGACUCACAAUACCUUUGCUGGCACUCUGCCCACUGACUUGGCUCAAUUGACAAACUUGACUUCCUUGGAACUGCAGAGCAAUCAGUUUUCAGGAUUGAUCCCCACAGAAUGGUCCACGAUAGAUACACUCACGUAUGUCAAUGUGGGUACAAACAAGUUGAUUGGCAGUUUACCGUCCGAGCUGGGGUUGUUGACAAAUCUAGAGCGAUUUUUUGUGCAAAACAAUGAGCUGACAGGUUCCCUUCCUCCGCAACUGUUUGACCUCACAAACUUGAAAUGGUUCUUUGGAGGUGGCAACACCUUUGUCAGGACCAUCCCAACCGAAAUAGGAAAACUUUCCAACCUGGAAUAUUUCUUUCUUCGAGGCAAUGCCCACACAGGCGAAAUCCCGUCCGAGAUUGGGAAUCUCAGCGGAAUGCGUGAAAUUUCGCUGGCUGACAACUUUCUCUCUGGAACCGUCCCGGAAGAAUUGUACAAUGGCAUGUCCACUUGGUUGAACCUCCUGGACUUGUCUUCCUGUCAAUUAUCCGGGACCAUUAGCACCAAUAUUGGCUUGCUAGACACCUGCGAUUGGUUCCUGAUGAGUGACAAUCGAUUCACUGGAACGAUCCCCACCGAAGCCAGUCUCAUGACCGGCUUGAAGCGGUUCUUUGUGGAUGGCAAUGAUUUGACUGGCACCAUGCCGAGUGGUCUCUGUGCACUGAGGAGUGAUUCUGGUUUGCGGUACCUCAAGGCGGAUUGUGCUACCACUUCCAGUGGUGAAGUCCCAGUGUUUUGCCCCAGUGGCUGUUGCACAGAGUGUUGCAAUCAGGACACUGGAAUUUGCUUGGCGGCCUAG